AUGAGAGUUCGCUUGAGAUCGUAUUCAUCAGACAGCAGUGGAUCUGGCUACUGCUCACCUCUGCGAACGAUUAUAGAAGAGCGAGAAGCCGAUGCCGAACCUUGGUCAACGAAAAACCCGCUUAAACCCGAAGACUCUGGUCAAAGAAAGGAAAAACAUUGCAUUUCUACCAAUGAAAACGAAAAACCUUAUGAAGAAAUGUCAUCGGAUAAAACUGAGAGUCACUAUGCGAUUUCAUGUGAUUAUAGCCAGGACAAAACGUUAUUUAUUCACUCUGGGAACUCUAAAAAAGAUUCGGGUGCUCUUUCCCGUGUAUCACGUGACAAAGACACCUUGAGCUCACGUGACUUAGCUUCAAAGCUAUUUCCAGAGUUCUUUGCGGUACAGCAGGGAAAUGAGGACCUAAAUGUGCAAGGAAAAGCAGGCUCCGCUGCCUUGAAGACAGUCCACGAUCCUCUUGUUGAGUCUUGGCUGGGCCUUCAAACACACAUACGGCGUGAUCAGAAAGUGACAUUGAACUUAGUCGUACAACAGCGCUGCCGAAUUUCAGAUGAAGAACUGAGAUUAUUAAUUGACGAAAACAAGGUGUCAACGGAGAGAUUUGGAGAUGUCAGGGACCUUUUUGCUAAUCGUUCUGUGACACACAUGACAUUGGUCUCCUGGUACUGUUGGAUUGUUUGCGCCAUGUUUCUUUAUGUCAUUACUCUCAAUUCUGUUUCCAUUUGUGGUAAUAUGUAUCUGAACUUUUUGAUAACCAGUUUGGUUGACUUGUUUGGGUUUAUAGGCAUUCCAAUUCUGAUGUGUUUCAGGGUAGGCAGAAAGAAGGCAAUUGCUUUCAGUCUCUGGAUGGCAGGUUUCGCUGGCAUAGUUUCAGCGCUCUUGAGCUACUAUGAAAACGGCAGUUAUGAAGCUGGGAAGAUCAUUAUGGCCAUGGUUUUGGGCAAGAUUUUCAUCACCAUCGCCUAUAACAUCGUGUACGUGUACUCUGCAGAACUUUUCCCUACUGUUGUGAGGAAUACAGCGAUGGGUACUUCAUCAUCAGCUGCUCGCAUCGGAUCAGCUUGUGCUCCAUACAUCGUCUUCUCG